AUGGUCGGCGGUAGUUGGUCAUCGGUUCUUUCCUCAACAUCGGGGGGAGGAUUGCUCCAGCAGCUGCUGGAUGAGGGAUGGGAUUCUCUGAUGCGAAGCACAAGCAGCCGUAAAGCCGGACGGGGCUGCAUUGCUGAUCUUCCGCCGGUUCUUCACGAGAGGAGAGCACAACAUGCUUCCGCCUUCUUUGCAGCUCCCUCGUCUGGCAGCGGACCACAUGGGACUAGAAGUACACGUCAAGAGCAAGACCUAAAUUCACAACCAUCCGGUUUUUUUGAAAUAAGAAAAACGAAAACAAAAGCCUUCAAGAGGACACAACUACGCACUGCGUUCAAAGAGGACGACCUGGGCAAAGUGACCGACCAAAAAGAGGACGGGAAAACGGAACCGGAAAAAGAUCCGCCCAUGCCCAAGUGGGCCAAUACGGAGGGUUAUGGGACCGUGAAAGUGACGAAACCCAGCGAUUACUACACUUUGGACGACAUUGAGGACCCGGUCUACGCGUGCAAAGUUGACGACUUCAAGCCCGCGGCCGCGCACCCCAUGCUGAAAAUCAAGAAAGAGUUUCUCGACGCUAACGCGGACUUCAAGAAUAACGUCUAUUUCUACAAGGUGCGGACUCGUCUGCUUUGUUGAUGUUUUUUUAUGACGGACUUUGUUUUGUAGUUCCUCUUCCUCUCAGCAGUAUAUCAAGAAAGCGAAAACGUGAAGACAUUGUCAGGAAAUUAUCUCAAAUCGUUUUCCAUGAACGUACCUGCAGGUACAGCUUGGCGCAGACAAGGACGGGAAAGUGGACGAGGACAACAUCCUGUGGGACGGCACUUACGCCGUCGGACGUUUCAAAGAAACCGACCUCUCCAACUCCAUGUUCGCCACGGACGGGAAGCGGAAGACCUUCUGGAAAUUUUGCCCGAAGGAGGACAGCGGCAAGUACCGACUCGUCGUCGAGGCGCAAGACAAAAGGGGAAAACCGAUCCCCGGCUGGACCCCGGAGGGCGGCACCUCGGAAAUCACCUGCACGAAGGGCAAGGAGGGGCAGAAACACCCGCUGGGGGAACCGCCAGAGGGUGGCGCGACCGAAACGGACGAGGAAAAAGCGGCGAAGAAGGAAGAAAUGGACAAAAUGGAAGAAGGGAAAGAGGAGUGA